AUGAUCCAAGAUUUCAUCGAGUGGUGCAUCCAGAACAACCUGCCGGAAAACAAGUGGGGACCGGCCAAGGAGGAUACACUAUGCAGUUAUGCGUUGGAGUAUGCAGGCGAGAAGGCAGGUGUCACUAUCAGGGGUGCAGUAGCGGCCAUGAAGGUGUGGCACAUAAUGGACAGUUUUCCGUGGCAUGGCGGGGCACGUCUUAAUGCAUGCAUGAAGGCAGCAGAGAACCUCACACCUGAUUCAUUACGCCUUCCAGAACGCCCUCCAAUCACCUACAAGAUGUUGGAACAACUUGAUGUGCACCUUGAUGAAAGAGACCCUCUGGAUGUGGUGGUCUUGGCAGCAGCAACGAGCAUGUUCUGGGGUCAACUACGCAUGGGCGAAGUACUGUCAAAGACUCAAUUGAGCUAUGAGGCUGACUCAAUAUCACUCAGAAAACACCUCAGCAAAGCUCUAUUGCUGGCUGGCUCACAUCGAAUCUUCCUUCCACGCACCAAAACCAAAGGUAGUAAGGGCGAUAUUGUUGUCCUUUGCUGCCAAGACGACAGGACUGACCCCAUCAAGGCGCUGACAGCAUAUAUCAACCUCAAUCAACCCCCCAAUUUAUGCCCUCUCUUCUCUUUCCAAGACAAGAAGAACGCACUGAAAUGCCUUUCAGACAAGCUAUUCAUUGCGCGAUGUAACAAGGUCUGGUCAAGGCUGGGCCACAAGUGUUUCACUAGACACUGUUUUCCUAUCAGAGGAACGACGGAAGUGCUUAUCUCAGAAGUAGAUCCCGCAGUGGUUCAGGUCAUGGGCCGGUAG